UAGGGCUUUAUCACGUUGCAGUAGACUACGAGCUGAAGACAUUUAUACAGAACAGACCAGAGGGAACGAUUAAGUGUUUCGAUUAAGGUGCCCCCAAAGAUGGUGUCCUCGUUGGUGCUGGUGGACGUCUGUUUCAGCCUGCUACUUUCUGUCCUCAUCGUCGUAGCGAACAUCUUCAUCAUUGUCAUCCUCAUACGCAGCAAGUCGUUACAUUCGCCAACAAACGUCAUCCUUUGCGUCAUGGCCUUCGGUGACCUCGGGUUUGGAUUUAAUCUCUCCGGAAUAUCGCUAAUUGAGACGGGAAUUUUUAAAAGCUACUGGGGCUGUCUCUUCCUGUACUCCGUUGCCAUAAUGUCGGGAUCAGUAUCAAUGCACAUGCUCAUCUUCGUCAGCAUCGACCGCUACAUCCAAAUCACGCGUCCUCUCCAUUACUACAACAUCGUCACCUACAAACGUGUCGGCAUAGGUAUAGCGAUAGACCUGACAUUCUGUUUUGUAAUGGCUUUCAGCCCCGUGAUGGGGAUACGAAGGGAGGACUUUGAUGGGAGCACGUGCAGCGCUGAAUUCAUCAUGGCACCUGUGUAUUUUAUUCUGACAGUAGGCUGCACUUUCAUGAUCUGCAUGUCCAUCCUGGUGUACGUUUACUACAAAAUAUACAGGGUAGCGUUCUCCCAUAGCCGCCGCAUCGCAUUUGGACGAGACGAAGGCUCCAGCCAGUUAGCUUCACAUUUCAAGGCUGCCAAGCUGUUUGCACUUCUCUGCGGCUACUUCUUAAUUUCUUGGACGCCACAUUUCAUUGAUAUAUCAAGUUCGUACCUCAGAGGACGCCAACGGUUCAGUGAUGUUUUCAGCCGUAUAGGUAUGUCCUUAGCUGCCUCUAACUCCCUGGGGAAUCCGGUAAUUUAUGCUCUACGUCAGAUGGAGGUGAAGAGAAUUAUAAAGAAGAUGUUCCCGAAGGUAUUUAACCGGAACGACCAACAUGGCAAUGUAAAAGAAAGUACCGCAAGACGCCAGUCCAAUACUAAUACAUGUAUAUCUUCAGUGGAAGUUGACAAAGAAGUGUGA